CGGGCGCGAAGCUGGCGGAGCUGGGCCGGGGGCGGCGGCGGCGGCGGGGCCGGGAUGAUGCGGACCCAGUGCCUGCUCGGCCUGCGCAGCUUCGUGGCCUUCGCCACCAAGCUCUGGCGCGUCCUGCUCUCCCUGCUGCGGCGGCAGGUCCGCACCGUGAUCCAGUACCAGACGGUGCGCUAUGACGUGCUCCCUCUCUCCCCGGCUGCACGCAACCGGCUCAACCAGGUGAAGCGGAAGGUCCUGGUGCUGGACCUGGACGAGACGUUGAUCCACUCCCACCACGACGGGGUGAUGCGCCCCACGGUGCGGCCCGGGACCCCUCCCGACUUCAUCCUCAAGGUUGUGAUAGACAAACACCCCGUCCGCUUUUUUGUACAUAAAAGGCCGCACGUGGAUUUUUUCCUAGAAGUGGUGAGCCAGUGGUACGAGCUGGUGGUGUUCACGGCCAGCAUGGAGAUCUACGGCUCCGCGGUGGCCGACAAGCUGGACAACAACAGGAGUAUCCUCAAGAGAAGGUAUUACCGGCAGCACUGCACUUUGGAGCUGGGCAGCUACAUCAAGGACCUGUCGGUGGUGCACAGCGACCUGUCGAGUGUCGUCAUCCUGGACAACUCGCCGGGCGCCUACCGGAGCCACCCGGACAACGCCAUCCCCAUCAAGUCGUGGUUCAGCGACCCCAGCGACACGGCGCUGCUCAACCUGCUGCCCAUGCUGGACGCCCUGAGGUACCCGCUGGGCCCGGACGCCGGGGUUCUCCGCCGGGAGCCAGGACGCCUGGGUUCACGGCGGACGUGCGGUCGGUGCUGAGCCGGAACCUCCAUCAGCACCGCCUCUGGUGACGUCAGCACCUCCUUUCUUCAGGCGUCGGCCCCUGACCUCCGCCGGAUCCCACCGCUGCCACCACCACCACCACGUGGACUCUGCCACCGUUUCCUGAACUCUGGAGAAGAGCGGGGCGGGGGGGGUCACCUGCCCCCCCCCAAUUCCCCACCAACAAACGACCCCCCGGUGCCAAGAAUGGGCGGGGACUGACUCGGAGGGCGGAGCUUAUCCGGCAGCUGGACAAAGAAAGGGGGUGUGCAGCACGACGGGACGUGUCCGAACAGGCCGGGGGGGUGGGUCUGGUUUUACAAGACUCCGCCCCCCACUUACAUCCCCCCCGGCCUUGUACAAAGACCUCGUUUUUUCUUUUCGUUUCCUUUUUCGUUCUGUUCUUCCCUCCGCCUCUCCCCGGGCUGGAGCCGCUGGAUUUUUUUUUUGCCCGGGGGAGGUGCCCCAGGGACGACCCUUCUCUGUGGGGUUCUUUCCUUGGACUCGGAGGGGUGAGGGGGGGGGAGAAGGAAAACCCGGGCGGGAAAUUAUAGCCGCUAAGCAAGGCCAGAACUGGUGCCGUGUUCGGAGAGUUCUUACCGCCGGGGGGGGCGGGGCUCCCCCCCCCCCCCAGCCCGCUCCACAUGUUCAACAGCUGGAGUCUUGCGCAGGGAGAUG